UUAAUUGAUUCUUACACUGCAGACACUAGCCCCUCUUGCGAUUAUGCAAGAUGAAAGAUUUGUGGGUCAGAGCUUACCUUGUUACUAUUACUCACCAAACCUAUUUGAUAAUAAGACACUUAAUUCUCGACAUAUGAACAACUCAGAAAAUGUAAACGACAAGACGCCACUACUAUCCAUCAGUAAGAGAGAUGGACAACGAAGAUACUGUCAUAUCUGUGAAUGCUUUAAACCUGAUCGAUCACAUCACUGUAGAGAAUGUAACAAGUGUAUCUUAAAGAUGGACCAUCAUUGUCCUUGGGUGAGCGGAUGCGUUGGAUUUGGAAAUUACAAGUUCUUUUUCUUGUUUACAUCAUAUACUGGUAUUUAUGGGCUGUGGGUAUUUGUAACUACCUUACCAUUGGUCGUCAAAGGAAUUCAAGACAUGAAUGCUGAUCUCGAUCCUCAAUGGAUUGUUCUUAUCAUCUUAGCCUUUGUCUUUGGCUUCACUGUUCUUGGAUUUACCGGUGUUCACCUCACGUACAUUCUACGUAACGAGACGACAAUUGAACAUUUGGCAGAUAGACCCUACGAUAUUCGAGUGGAUUUUGAUACAAGUGGAGAUAACUUUGAAGUCAUUACUGUAGAACCAGAACAUUACCUAUGGGAAAGAAGCAGAAAAGAGAACUGGAAAUCAGUCAUGGGCAAUUCUAUAGUUGGCUGGUUUCUCCCGUUUAAGCGUGGCUUGGGUAAUGGACUUGUGUUUCCUUACAGUGACAGGAUGUAUCAUGAGAUUGUUCAACGGGCUCAACGACAAAGAAACUCCAUGAAUCUGUCUCAUUACGAAAGAGUAUCUUCUUCAUUAGAAAGCACUGCUCCUAUUACCUCAUGAUAAAGUGUAAUUAAUAAUAUAUUAGAUCUUUUAUUUAUCGUUGCUAUUUAAAGCAGCUUACAGCUGUUGAUCUUUAACAGAGCAGUUAUGAGCUAUUUCAAUCAUUAUGAAUCAUUUAUGAUUAGUCGUCGGAUAUGUCUAACUUCAUCAACGAGAAAAACGACAUCGAUCAAGCGUAUUCUUUGUAAGCAAAAAUGAUACAUGUAAUCACCUGCAAGUCGAGGGAAAUAACUAUUGCCGCU